AUGAGGGGAGGCAUCUGCUCCACAAUAUGCUCGGUGGUUUGGGUGACCUUGCUCAACGGUCUGAGCUGCUUGGGUGAACACGAGUAUGUGAAUGACAGCGUUGGUGAAAGGGGAAGGUCCAGGCCACCUCACCUCAUUUUUAUCAUGGUGGAUGACCAAGGUUAUGGAGAUAUAGGCUACCAUGGCUCAGACAUCCACACCCCUGUACUGGAUCGGCUGGCAGCAGAGGGUGUCAAACUUGAAAAUUAUUACGUCCAGCCUAUUUGCUCACCCUCACGCAGUCAACUCAUGACAGGACGGUGAGUAAUGUCCCUACCAUUAUUUCAUUAUAAGAAUGAGAAAGUGUUUCAGUUAUUGCAUCUGUUCUUGUUUGAUAAAAUUACAUAUAGGCUUAAUAAACCCUUCAUCUGUUGCUAACAUCUUUCAUUUUUAAGGUAAAUGAUGAUUAGAGAACUGAUCCUAUAUAUCAAGACUUCAUAUUAUCAUUUGAUUUAUUAUGUUAUUAGCUACAAAAGCAGGAUUUAUCAUUUGCCUUUUACUUUUGCAGUGAGUGAACACUUAAAGAGACAUGUCAAAGACUGUUGUGAGAUUAUCUAUCCAGUCGUUAAAGUAAAGAUUUAUAAUAUCACACUUAUAUAAUAAAGAUUUUGGCAAAGCAUUUUUCAUUUCCUGUUACUGAUGUUUGAUUUUGAAAAUUGUAUGUUUGUUACAAAAUGUAGCCAAAGUGACCUAAAUCUGGUCUGUAGGACCUGAAGUACAGAGCUCAGACUUUUUACUGGUAUUUUGCAGGUACUUGUAUUCAGUACAUAAAAAUGUGAAAUUCUAGUUCCCUUUUCUGCUCAGGAUACAGAAAGAUAACUCAGUGUUUCUGUUUAAUGACCUGUCUUGACCUGUGAAAUUUAUCAUUAUGCUAUAAAUCAAUCAAUGGUUUAUUCUUUAAAACUUUCUUUCUCACUCUUUCUCAACAGCUACCAAAUUCACACUGGACUCCAACAUUCAAUCAUUCGAUCUCGUCAACCUCUCUGCCUGCCCCCAGACAUUCCCACCCUGCCAGAGCAUCUGGCUGAAGCUGGAUAUGCCACACACAUGGUGGGGAAAUGGCACCUUGGCUUUUGUAGGCCGAGUUGUCUGCCCACAGGACGUGGCUUUCAGAGCUUCUUCGGCACCCUCACUGGCAGUGGAGACCACUUCUCAUAUCGCAGCUGUGACGGGGCUCAGGCUUGUGGAUUCGACCUGCAUGACGGAGAAAGGCCUGCCUGGGAGAUGAUGGGAAACUACUCCACCUUGCUUUACAUCGAGAGGUGAGCACCAGGAUAUAAAUUUAGCUGAUCAGAUCAUUAAGCGACAAACUUGUAAAUCUCUUUAUUUCUGUCUGUCCAAUCAGAGCUAAGCAGAUCCUGAGGAGCCAUGACCCCCAUAAACCACUCUUCCUGUAUUUGUCUCUUCAGGCUGCCCAUACACCUUUGCAGGUACCUGACCAUUUUUUGCACCACUAUAACUCUCAGGGAAAUCGUCUCAGGCGCCUUUAUGCAGCCAUGCUGAGCUGCCUGGAUGAUGGGAUUGGACGUGUGGUUCAGGAACUGAAGACUAGUGGUCUCUAUCAAAACUCAGUUCUAGUCUACUCAUCAGAUAAUGGUGGUCAGCCGCUCUCUGGGGGCAGUAACUGGCCUCUGAGAGGUGGCAAGGGAACCUAUUGGGAAGGGGGAAUUAGGGCUGUGGGCUUUGUGCACAGCCCCCUCUUAAAGAAGAAGGGUGUUGUCAACAGAGCGUUGAUCCAUGUUUCUGACUGGUUUCCAACAUUACUAGGACUCGCCGGGGCCUCCAAGCCCCACCAUGAUCUGGAUGGUUAUAAUGUUUGGGGGACCAUCAGUGAGGGCCGCAUGUCUCCCCGUGCUGAAAUACUUUUCAACAUUGACCCAGUCUCCAGGAAACCUGGGGAGCCAUAUGACAAGGCAUUACUCAAUGGCUUCGGGAUCUGGGACACCGCCGUAAGGGCAGCAAUAAGGGCUGGGGACUGGAAGCUAUUGACAGGAAAUGUGGGUGAUGGGGACUGGAUACCGCCACAGGCUCUUCCUGGUGGUCCAGAACGUUGGCAGAGACUUGAGAAGCAGCGCAAUGAGCCAGGGAAGUCAGUGUGGCUUUUUAAUGUCACUGCUGAUCCCUUUGAGAGAUCAGACCUGGCAGAGGCUCGUCCAGAGGUGGUGAAACAUCUCUUAAACAGACUGGCACAGUACAACCAGACAGCAGUGGUGGCCAACAAUCCACCAGAUGAUCCUAUGGCUGACCCCGAGCUCCAUGGAGGGGUGUGGAGCCCCUGGCUGGGCCUGGAGGGACAGGAGAAGCAUAAUGGAGAGAAAGAUGGUAGGACAGAGAGGAUUAUGAAGAUUAGGCACUGUAAACUAUGCAAGUUGAAAGCUCUCUUGAAAAAGGUGGGGUCGCGCCUGCAGAAGCACACCCUUUUCUAG